AGAGAGUGAGAGAGAGAGAGAGAGAGAAAGAGAGAGAGAGCUGGUUGAGUUUUAACUCUCUCUCUCUCUGUGUCUCACACACUCUCAUUCAGACUCUCUCGCUCUUGUCUGCAGACACACUAAUCAGGCAGAGAUGAUGAUCCCGCUGCUUUUCCUGAGUGUCGUCAUUUCCCGGCUAGCUCACGGAAUACCAGGAUUCCAGGUGCGUCUGGUCGACGGGAGAAACAAGUUCGAGGGCCGCGUGGAAGUGUUCUAUAAUGGCGAGUGGGGAACCGUGUGCGACGACAAUGUGAACAUCGAUCUGGCGAAUGUCGUAUGUCGAGAACUGGGAUUCUCGCGCUGCCUCACCUGGGCCCACAGCGCCAGGUUCGGCGAGGGGCGAGGUCCUAUCUGGUUGGAUAAUGUCUUAUGUACAGGCUCAGAGAACUCGCUAUCGGACUGUCAAUCUAACGGUUUGGGUGUGAGCGACUGCACACAUGCAGAAGAUCUGGGCGUCAUUUGCAGUCCAGACCAACCCCAGCGGGGUCACGUUCCACAUUACCAAGAAUCAGCUCAACCUGCCCCACCACUCCAACCUCAGAUCUCCGAGACCCCAUCAAAUCAUGCUACAGUUGCCCAGCUGUCCGACAGCUCCCUACACACGCGAGGACAUGAAAUUGCUCUCCAUCGCAACAGCCAGGGUCCGUCAUCGCCACAGCUACAUGCCCAUCGCAUCCAACUGCGCCGGAACGGAAUCGAAAACAUUGCCGCUACACAGGAACAGGAAAGCUCUAUGCCAAGAGGACACCAGUUACCAAAUUUUCUCCGCAAUAGGGCCACUUACAGACAGACUCAGGAGGCUCCACCCGAACCAGUCAUUCAGACAGCUCGAUACCAAGAGACUACCCCUAGACCACCAGCUCCAGUCCACAGACCAGAACCUGAUCCAGUUUUCAAUACUGAGCCUCCGUAUCCCAGUGUGGAGCACAGUAACAGGAUGGAUCUGGACUUUAGUGUUACAGAUGGCCAGUCCUCUGGUUGGGUCAGACUGGACGAGGUGCGACUCAGACCCAUUCGAUCGAUCAACCGAGAUGCUACCAUGGUAACAGAAGGUGUGGUGCAAGUGAAGAAUGCUGGGAAAUGGAGGCAGGUGUGUAGUUUGGGUUGGGAUGACAACAGCAGCCGAGUGGUGUGUGGGAUGCUGGGAUAUCCUGCAGCAGGACAACAUGACACACGUGUGUAUCGGAAACUGUGGGACUCCAAGAUGGAGGAUCCAACCACAAGGUCUAUGGUCCGUAAGAAAGGAUUCUGGGUCGAGCGCGUUCUGUGUUCAGGUUCGGAGGUGUCAUUGGCACAGUGCAAGACGCAGCUCUCUGUCCCGCGACACGACGUUCCCUGCAGCGGCGGCAUGCAUGUGGUGGUGCGCUGCAAACCUGGACCUCAGUUCUUGCGAAUCUCCGCCUCACCGCAGGCUUCGCCACCUCUAAACACGGCGGUGCGUCUGAAAGCAGGUCCGCGGCUCGGUGAGGGCCGUGUUGAGGUACUCAGGGACGGGAAGUGGGGAACCGUCUGUGACCACCUGUGGGAUCUGCCUGCAGCCAGUGUUGUGUGCAGAGAACUGGGCUUCGGUUCGGCCAAAGAGGCCCUGAGAGGAGCUCACAUGGGACAAGGUACCGGUCCAAUCCACAUGAAUGCGGUUCAGUGUUCAGGCAGAGAGAGCUCCAUCACACAGUGUCAAUUUCAGGAGGUUCCUCUGAGAUCCUGCAAACACAGUCAGGACGCAUCUGUCCGCUGUAAUGUCCCAAACACUGGACUCGGAGCCACGGUGCGUCUGUCGGGGGGUCGAGAGGUCGCUGAGGGUCGUGUGGAGGUGUUGAUGGAUGAGAGCGGGCAGCGGCGCUGGGGGUCUGUGUGCAGUGAGAACUGGAGCAUUAAUGAAGCAAUGGUCGUGUGCAGACAGCUCGGGUUCGGCUUCGCUUCCAGAGCUCAUCAGGAGACGUGGUUCUGGCCUGGGAACACCGGGUCUGAGGAGGUGCUUCUGAGUGGAACUCACUGUAUCGGGACGGAGAUGUCCAUUCAGCAGUGCCGCAGAAACGGACAGGUGUACUGUCCUCGGGGGGGCGGGGCCAAAGCCGCUGGGGUCACCUGUGUGGAUGUGGCUCCUGAUCUGGUUGUGGAUGCUCAGCUGGUUCAGGAGUCGGCGUACCUGGAGGAUCGACCGCUGCACCUGCUCACCUGCGCACAUGAGGAGAACUGUCUGUCAUCAUCUGCAGCGCGCAUGCACUGGCCUUACGGACACCGGCGUCUGCUGCGAUUCUCCUCACGAAUCCUGAAUCUCGGACGUGCCGACUUCAGACCACGAGCGACCAGAGAGUCCUGGACCUGGCAUCAGUGCCACAGACAUUACCACAGUAUUGAAGUCUUUACACAUUAUGACCUUUUGACCCUGAACGGCACAAAGGUCGCUGAGGGUCACAAAGCCAGUUUCUGUUUGGAGGACACGUACUGCCCUGAAGGCCUGACCAAACGCUACGCCUGUUACAACAUGGGUGAUCAGGGCAUCUCUGUGGGCUGCUGGGAUACGUAUCGCCACGACAUCGACUGCCAAUGGGUGGACAUCACUGACGUGAGACCGGGCGACUAUAUCUUCCAGGUGGAGGUUAACCCGUCUCUGGACAUGGCAGAGUCAGACUUCCAGAACAAUGUGAUGCGCUGUAGAUGCAGGUAUGACGGAGGACGAGUGUAUCUGUACGGCUGUCAUGCAGGUGAUGCGUACAGUGCAGGGGUAGAGGACCUGUUUGAACACCAGCGUCAGAUUUCAAACAACUUCCUCUGACAGAACACAGAGGCGGGACAGGAAAUACAGGAAUGACAGUUUCCUCUACUCGCAAUACUUGAGAUCAACUCUUCUGCCAUGUGUGAUGUCAUAGCUCAUCAGCCAAUCAGAGCUAACGAUGGAAAGACACCAGCGGAAGGGGCGUGUUUUGAGUGUUGUGCUGGAUGAGGGUGGAGUCUGUCUCAUGACUGAUGAGUAGUGGGUGGGGUUAGUGAGAUGAUUGACAGGUAGGGGUCGUUCUCAGUUUGGGCCGUCUCGUUUUAAUCAGUUCUAAUUCUCAAACAGCAUUUUCUUCCGACUUCAUUUAGGGAAGCACAGAGGCUCAGUUACACCAAAAGGAGUUUCUUGAAUUUGGAAACUGUGUAUAACUGUGUGUGUGUGUGUGUGUGUGUGUGUGUGUGUGUCAUUAUCUUCAUUUAAGAUUCAUUGAACAAAAUAAAAACUGUAAUACUAGAUGAAACUGUUUGAAGUAGAUUAAAAUAACUGAACUUCAGUUAGUGUCAUUCUCUCUGGGGCGUUUGUCUCAUUUGCAUCAAUGUUACUCCAAAGUUUUGGUUUAGAAAUAGUGAAUAUUACUUUGAAUAUUGUUUUAGUCUCUAUAAAGUGUUGCAGGAAAUGUUUGUUUAUCAGGAUGAACUUCUGCUCACGUCUCUCUAUAAAUGUUUUAAUCUUCCUCCAGUUUCAAAGAGCCGCUGCUGCGUGGGAUUUUAUUGGCUGUUACACUUUGACAUUAUAUUAGUAGUUAUUAAUUAUUGAUAUGAAUAGAGCUGCAGUGAUUGUUGCUCCAUGAAAUAAAAACAUGUAA